GCAGCAGACUCUCUGUCGUCAUUGCCAUCGAGCGAGCGGAAAAGCCGUCAGACUUUCAGAACAACUCCUCUCCCGACUCGCCGAAAGAAGGAAAACUCGAGCGAGGCGACCGUCGCUCAGCGGCUCACGCGAGGGACUCCGCCGAACUCGUCUUUGCUUUUUCGGGACAGGUCGAGAAGACAGACAUGUCGCCCGUUUCGGGCCUUUUGGGCGUCCUGCUGCUUGCGAGCGCGGCUCGGGGAUUUGGAAUUCUGCCCGGAAAUUCGAGGAGCCACCAGGAGAUCACGGAGGAAGCCAUUUUGAACGUCACCGUACAAGUGUGCCGCGCGCUGGCCGAAGCCGAGGGGAACGACUUCGCCCUUCCCUCGCAGCCGUUCACCGCCUCGGGCGUGGCCGCCGCCUGCCGGGCCGAGGGCUCCGUCAAGAGCUUCCGGCGGGCCAUCGGCUCCAUCACGUUGCGCAACGUGCGCGUGGACCUGCUGGAAGCGCUCAACGCCAGCUUCCACUUCGACGACGAGACCUUCGUCAGCGGCCGGGACAUCAUCACCGAGGGCCUGCAGACGGUCAAGGCCGACAACAAGCGGCAGAACUUUGAAGCGGCUCAGGACAGCCUGGGCGAGACCCUCCACACGCUGCAGGAUUUUUACAGCCACAGCAACUGGGCGGAGAACGGCAACGCGCUUCCCAAUUCCAACCUGAUCAGACCCGACGCCAGCAUCGGCAACCUGGCGGAUGAGAGCAGGGCGACCUGCCGCAGCUGCGACGGCGAUGACUGCAGGAACAACAUCCUGGAGGACAUCGCCCGGGAGCAGAUCCUGACCACGGGAUAUUUUGCGGUCAUUCCCGGGACCGCCAGCAAGCCCACCGGCAAGUGCAGCCACGGAGGAGCCUUGGACCUGACCAGCAGAAUCGAGCCCACCGGCGGGAUCAACAAGGACACCUUUGAGUCGGAGCACGGCUUCCUGCACGCCGAGGCGGCCGCGCUGGCCACCAUGGCGACAAGCGAGAUCCUGGAGGACGUCCGACGGGCGGCGGGAAAUCAGCCCUUCCUCCAGAUGUUGGGCAUCUCCAGAGGAUCCGGGAAAGCUCUUUGUUUUGUGAUCGACACCACGCAGAGCAUGAGCGACGACAUCGCCGCCGUGCGGAGCGCGGCGUCCUCCCUCAUCGACGGCCAAGCGGGGACGGACGACGAGCCGUCGGCCUACAUUCUGGUGCCCUUCAACGACCCCACGUUCGGGCCGCCGAUCAGGACGAGCGACCCGGAAGCCUUCGAGAACUUUCUGGACGAUCUGACGGCGAGCGGCGGAGGAGACGACGAGGAGCCCAGCCUCUCGGGCCUUCAGUUGGCGUUGACCGACGCUCCCCGGAGCUCCGACAUCUUCCUCUUCACGGACGCGCCGGCCAAAGACCGACAGCUGAGGUCCACCGUCAUCGCUCUCAUCGAGCGGACUCAGUCGGCGGUGUACUUCCUGAUCACGCAGACGACGGCCAACGGUCGGCGCCGGAGGCGGCAAAACCGUCCUCAGGCGCCCGGGCGGAUCGCCGAAUCGGACGCCCGGCUCUACGAAGAGCUGGCCGAGGCCGCCGGAGGGCUGGUGGUCGAGCUGAGGCAGGACGAACUGCAGGAGGCCGUCGGAAUCAUCGGGCAAAUGUCCAGAUCCUCUCUGGUGACGCUGGCGCGGGGGUCCGGGACUCCGGGAGACGACGGGGACUUCACGUUUGUGGUCGACCAGACCGUCGGCGAUCUCCAACUUCUCCUGACGGGGCCUUCGUCUCUCAUCACCGUCACCGACCCCCAGGGCGGGCGGCAGGAGUUCAACGCCAUGUCCUUACGGCCCGUGGGAAACUUGCAAACUUUGCGACUGCGGCCGCAAGUGGGAAGGUGGCGAGUCGCGGUGCAGUCGCCCAACGCGUACGCGCUGAAGGCCGUCGGUCAGAGUCCCAUCGACUUCCUGUUUGACUUCGUGGAGUACGUCCCCUCCCAAAACACCUUCGACGUCCUGGACACGCGUCCUCGGGCCGGCGCCAACGGGAGCCUGCUGGUGACGCUGACCGACGCCGACGCGGCCAACGUCACCCGGGUCGUUCUGGCCGAGGUGGCGGGAUCGGCGGAGGUUCCGGGGGACGUGGAGGCCCUGGGCCGCGGCCGCUACCUGGUCCGGGUCCCGAGCGUGCCGUCGGCGCCGUUUGUGGUGCGCGUGGAGGGAAACGCGCCCGACGCCGCCGGAGAGGCCUCCCCUUUCCAGAGGGAGUCGGCGACCAGCUUCCGGGCGUCCAACAUCACCAUCAAGGCCCAAGCGGCGCGCAACCUGGUGCCCGGGACGCCGCUGUCGGUGCCCUUUUCCGUGACGGUCCGAGGAACGGGAGGGAACGUCUCCAUCCGGGCCACCACCAACAACCCGCUCUACGCCGCCGACGCGCCCGGCAGUCUCCCGGCGGAGCCGGGAGCGAGCGCCAACGGCACCGUCGCGCUCUCCGUGCCGCUCAACACGCCGUCCGGCACCACCGUCACGCUGGUGAUCGAGGCGGAGGGUCCCGGGGGCGGCGGGGACGUCAACUACGUCGUCCUCAGGAUCUCCGUCCUCAAUCCGGUGAGCGACUUCGCGCCCCCCGCGUGCGAGCUGCUGUGCGUCGUCAGGUGCGUGCGCAACUGCCGCGCGGCGCCGUGGCACCUGUUGGUGAUGGUGAGCGACGGCGCCGAAGGGACGGGCGUGGAGCGGGUCAGCCUCGCCCGAGGCAACGGGACGCUGUACGUCAGACCGGCGCCCGACAACCGGAACGUCACCUUGGCGACCUACGACGCCUUGUGCGGCUCGCCAGACGUGGAGCUGCUGGUGGUGGACAACGUGGGCAACGCCGACACGUGCUCCUUCAACGCCUUCACCGCCAGCGGCGGCGGCCGCGCCGCCUUUUUCCUCAGCUGGGCCGCGCUCGCCCCUCAGCUGGGCCGCGCUCGCCCUGGCGCUUGGAGUCCUGCAGAGUUUGGACCUGUGCUAAAGUCCCGGAGGGAAACGCUAGGCAGUUGCGGCCGCGGCUUUCGUAGCGCUAAAGUGCGGCCUUUCCUUGAAAUUUUCCCCCUUGGGGGCAGCGUCCGAUGAAUGUUGAGUGUGUGUGUGUGUGUGUGUGUGUCAAGGUUUAGGGAAGAAAAAACAACCCCCUGCACGUGCCCCCUAAGCAGUGCUUUCUUUUUCCAUCCGUCUGCGGUGGAUGUCCAGUUUUGGAAAAAUGCCUUUUGACUGAUUGACUUUGUGAAAUUGGAUGAAUUUGUCGGCGCGCCGCCGAUUCGAUGGAAACGUUCGAUCGCUGGAAGAAAUACGCUUUGUCAAAGUAGCUGCUGACCACUGAAGCCCACAUCAAAACUUGUGAAGAAUCUGUCAGGAAAAGCCUCCGGCAGA